AUGACCUCAUUCUGCCUCUGUGCCGCUGAUUGCACGGGCUGCUUUCAAAAGGAAACAGGGCCCUUCAUAGAGCUGCCUUUCCGAAGGGCCGGGGCCAAUCUCUUCCAGGAAGCUGCAGACAGAGCACCCUCCACUUCACGUCUCGGAGGCUCUCGUGCUGCUGAUGAGAAACUUUUUGGCAUACAUGUGUUAAUAGUGAAAUGGACUUUCCAGAUAAUCUAUAUCUAUAUACCCUCUUAUCCCAGGGUGUAUGAAACAGUCCUUUUCAAGAUGUAUGGAAUAUCACAUGUUGCAUCGGCAUCAAGAGCAAGUUCAACAGCAUUUGAUGGAGAACAUAGACGCAGCCUCUCACAAAGUAUUCUUCCAAGUUAUGCUUGUGCCUUUUUGGAUGAUGACCCUGCCUAUGAGUGUUGUUCCGCAAAUCCUCUGACAGGCUCCCUUUCCACAUGUCGCCGCAGCCCUCGACUGCUUUCUAAUGGUUAUUACAUUUUGACAGAAGAUAGUUUUCUGUCUGAUGAAGAGGGCAACAUAACACUGACACCAUCCCAGACAAGCGUUACAUAUAAAGAGAAUUUAGUUCGCGUAUUCAGGCGAAGGAAGAAAAUCCGUCGCUCUCUUGCCAGCUUGUUCAAUCUCGGUGCCUCCAGUUCAUGGCUCAGCAGCACCGUCCUCAGCAAUAUGGAUUCCUCCCAUGUAGAUGAUCCUUGGCCUGAUGGAUGCAAUAAACUAGAAGCCAGUCAGAGUGAUAUUGGUCAUUCAGACUUUUCUUCUGAAUAUAAUAGCCAUGUGGCACAAAGGCAAACUCCAGCAUCUAAUGGAGCCUCUCUCACCAAAAAUGACGAGUUUCUUCAGCCUGAGAAACCAUUUUGUGCUUCAAAAUCCUGCUCUCCAUUUAUGAUAAAUGCAAAUGAAGAGACUUUGAGCAAUGCAGAAUCCAGGGCAGUGCGAAAUGUCCUUUUUCAGACGGUUGCUCUGAUCACAUGUUUAAUCAUUUCAACGUGUACAAGAUAUUUUCUGGGAGGAUUGUCUGCCAGUUUGUUGCUGCUAAUUUUAGUUUUUCUUUUGUCCCAAGAUGGUGCUGUGUCAUCUUUCUUCAGUCUUCACACAUCUUUCAAAACAACUAAGUUUUGUGUGGAUAAAACAGCCUUGUUCAUCAGUUCGCUGGUUGAGUGCAGUUCAGCUUCUGAGAUCUAA